UGUAAGAGCGACUCUUUUAUUCGACAUCUGUCAAUUUUGGCACGGAAAAUAUCAACAUUGCGGAAAGACAUCCCUGAAUUAACCUGAUUUUCCUGGCCCAGGAAGCGCCCCCAAGAGCGGAAAACCCCCGGUGUCGAAAGGGCUGUGUGUGUUGCGCAAGUGGUGAGAAGCUGGCGAAGACAAUGGUGAAGACAGAGACGGGCUGUUGUGUGUUGUGUCAAGUGAGCGUCCCUUGUCGCGGAAGCCAUCACAUUUUCUCGAAGAAAGUGCUGGAGGGUGACAAUGUGGCGGACGUGCUGGCGCGCAUCCUGGAGAUUCCCGUGGAGCCCGAUGCCAUUCACUCCGAGUACAUUUGCCUGAACUGUGAGCUGGUGUGCCUGGAGUUUGCCGGAAUCGAGACGCGCAUGCUGAAGAUCAAGGAGGAAGUCAUCGAGAGCUACAACAAAUUCGUCUCCUCCAUUGAAUAUGUGGAAGUUGAGACCAAAGAGGACGAGAAUGAGGACAUUUUCGCUGAAUACGAGGAGACAGCAGAGGAGGCGCCCAGGAUGACCAGUGCGGAGACCAUCGAAAGCGACAGCAUCAUCACUGUCGUGUCCGGAGAGGAGAAUGACGAGGCGGAGGCGCACGAGAUGGAGAUUGGCGAGAGUGCAGAACUGCUGUUUGCCGCCGAGGCGUCAGAGGAGGCGCCGAAGAAAGUGUACACGCGCAAGCACAACGUCUUCCACUGCAAUCUCUGUCCGGACGAGAGAGUCAUCAGCGAUCCAACGGAGCUCACGCUGCACAUGAAGAUCGAGCACAACGAGAAGCUCUACCUUUGCGACAUUUGUGGCAAAGACUGCGGCCGCCGGAUGUAUCUCAUGAGGCACUUGGAAUCGCAUUCGAACGCCAAAUUGGGAGAGGACGCGACGCUGAUGUGUGGCAGCGAUGAGUCUGAGGGCGCGGCGGAUGAGGAUCAGGGGCAGAGGCGGCAGGGUCAGGCCGCCGCUGGCAAGGCGUGGCUGUGCACGCUGUGCGACAAGCCCUACGGCUCGAAGAAUCUGCUGGAGGAGCACAUGAACAUGCACACGGGCGAUCGGCCGUACAAGUGCGCCGAGUGCCCGAAGGAUUUCGCCUCCAAGUACACUUUGGCGGCCCACGAGAGGAUCCACACGGCGCGGCCGCGGCCCUACAGCUGUCUCGUGUGCGGCAAGAAGUUCCUCACCGGCCAGAAUCUCGCUCACCACGAGAAGACACACUUGGGCGUGAAGGAGUACAAGUGCGACGUGUGCGGCAAGGCGUUCGGCUCGUCGCACAAUCUGCGCGUGCACAAGAUCGUGCACUCGGGCAACAAGCCGUUCCUCUGUCGCACGUGCGGCAAGUCGUUCGCGCGGCGCGCCGAGGUGCGUGAUCACGAGAGGAUUCACACGGGCGAGAAGCCCUUCCAGUGCGACAUCUGCUCCAUGUGCUUCGCGCAGCGCAGCAAUCUGCAGUCGCACAAGCGCGCCACGCACUUGAAUGAGAAGCGCUACAAGUGCGACAUGUGCGACAAGAACUUCAAGCGCCGGCGUCUGCUGGACUACCACAUUCAGGCCGUGCACACGGGCGAGCGGCCCUUCAAGUGCACCGUCUGUCCGUCGUCCUUCGUGUAUCCCGAGCACUACAAGAAACACCUCCUGAUCCACAGCAACGAGAAGAAGUACACGUGCGAGGUGUGCGGAAAAGGCUUCAACAACCAAGACAAUCGCAACACGCACAGAUUUGUCCACUCGGACAAGAAGCCCUUCGAGUGCGUGCAGUGCGGACAGGGAUUCAUGCGGAAGCCGCUGUUGUUCGCGCACAUGAAGUCCGAGAGUCACUUGAGUGACACAAUCAUAGUGAAUCAGCCGCGAUUGCUGGAGAGCGGCGGCAAGGCGAGCGGCGGCCAAGACGCCGAUGGCGAUCAGGAAGCGCAAGUUGAGUCAACGACGUACAUUCUCGGCGCCGAGGCAGACGACAAUCUGCAGACGAGCGCCGAUGACGUCGCCAUUGAGCAGCAGGAGGACGAGAGCGACUCGAAGGACGUGCAGAUCCUGCAGAUCGCGAUACAGAGUCAGCAGGAGAAGACGUCCUGGAUGUGAGAGGGAAAAAUUAACAGAGAAAAUGACAAUAUUUGAGAGAAAAUUCAAUGGGAAAAUCUCUGAAUUCCGUUCAGGAACACUUGAAUAAAAUGUCUUCACUCAAUUUUACUAAAGAUUGUGCAAGAAUUUGCUUUGUGUUUGCGCAAAACUGAACGUGAAUUUGUCCCAAAAAAAAAUUAAGAUCAUUACGUUAACAAUAAAAGCAGCAUUCUUUGAAACAAUGUUAUUGAAUAAAUUAACUUAUAGAAAUUACAAGUUGGUGAUUUUCUUUCCUUUGCAUGUUGUUUGGCAUAAAAUUUAUGAUUUGCAAACUAUUUAUUUCAGUCUAUCGAUCAAGAGCUUAAGUCAUUAAAUGGUCAUUAACCUCGAACAAGAAGAUAAGGCCCAAGAUUUUAAAUAAGGACAGUUUACAAACAUUGCGAAAAUGUUAAGAAAUCUGUUCAUAAUAAAGAGUAUUUAC